UUAGAAUCAUAGGCAAUUUGCUGAUCGUGAUUAGAACUUCCAACAGUAUAACUGAAAAUUUGUUAUUUCUUCAAUAUACUUAAAUUUUAUUGAAGUAUUUUAAUCUUGAAAUAUUAAAAUUCCAAAAGAUUUGUAAAAAUUCAUAUUAGUAAUUAUAUAUAUACUAUAUUACGGUUGAAAAAACUUUGAUGUACAUACAAAAAAAAAUGUUAGCAAAAUGGAGUUUAUGUAUUAUAGAUUUAUCCAUAUUGAAAUGAAAAUUUAAAUAAUGUUUAGUAGUAAUGUUAUAUUUUAUUAUCAAGUCUUAAUUACUACAAAUUAGUAUUCGAAAAUGGUUAGAAUUCAGUGGUCUUUGAGACAAGCACCAAGGCAUAUUAGGUAUUUAUUAAAAUAACUUAUUGUCACUUUAUUUCAAAAAUGUAAUGAAUCAUAAUUUUUUUUUUCUUAAGGCUCAGUAUUAAGAAAAAAUGGUGUCGUUUACAAAUCACAUGUAAAUCUUUAUUUUAUAAUGAUUUUUUGGAUUGGAGCUAUAUGUGUGAUAUACUUAUGGAACCAAUAUUUUGGUUCGUAGAAAAUUUUACUGCCCUUUUAGGACCACCUUCGCAAUAUAUUUACUAAACUUCACAGCCUUUAGGUAUGUGUAGUAAUGGUAGCUUUAUUAAAAGUAUGCAUCGUUUGUAUCGCAUAUUGGAUUGGCUUACCUUACUGGUGGGAAAAGAGUCCAUUUAUGACAAUAUUUUUAUUACUAAUUGGAAAUUGGCUUCUUAUAAAUGUAUGUUUCCACUACUACAUGGGUGUAAAUGUAGCAGCAGGUUACCCACCACAAGGUGGUCUUAUUCCAGAGGCUGUGAGCAUUUGUAAAAAAUGCAUUAAACCAAAACCUCCUAGAACGCAUCAUUGUUCUAUUUGUAACAAGUGUGUGCUUAAAAUGGAUCAUCAUUGUCCAUGGCUAAAUAACUGUGUUGGUCACUACAAUCACAGACAUUUUUUUCAAUAUAUGGCUUUUACUGUUGUGGGAAUUUUAUUCAUUAUGAUAUUUGGAAUAGAAAUAGCAUAUCAAGAGUUUUUUCCAGCACACGAAGCUGAGCUAGAUGGUCAUCCAGUUCGCAUUAACAAUUCUGAGAUUAUUCCUGUGGCAGAAUCAUUAGAUCAUUUAUCUAAAGAAGAAAUAGCUGAAAUUGCAAAACAAGCUGCUGAAAAUAAAGAAAAAGAAUGGAGACGCAGACUUAUAGUUUUUGCAGCAUUAAUUUGUGUAGCUACAUUUACAGCACUUGGGGCACUCACUUGGUGGCAUGCAGGUCUUAUUACAAGAGGAGAAACUAGUAUUGAAGCACGCAUUAAUAGUACUGAAACAGAAAAAUAUAAAGCACUUGGAAAAUCAUAUCAAAAUCCUUAUAAUUUUGGACCAAGGGAAAACUGGAAAUUGUUUUUAGGCAUAGUUGAUAGAAGUUGGUGGUAUGUUCUUUUUCCUUCAACUCAUGACCCAUAUGGAAAUGGUCUUACUUGGAGAACAAUCCACGACAUUAAAAUAUCUUGAGUUUGAAACUGAAACGAUUAUAAGAGAAUGUGAUGUUACAAUUAUCUUUUAAAUAUUUUUCCUGUGUGUAUCAUACGAUUCUUAUUCUUAUGACAUUCUAGUCAAAUUGAUAUGCAUGAUUAUAGAGCAAAUUAAUAUCAUGCAUUUAAAUAUAUAAAAUAUUCAACAGCUGUUAUACAAUUAACAUCUUUUUUUUUUAUAUAUACUUCCUAAACUACUACUUCGUAAUUAUAUUUAAUUUUACAAUGAAAAUAUGCUCUUCUCCAAUAUAAAAGAAUAAUACUAUUAAGAAAAUAAUAGACAAAGAUAAUGUAAUUCAUCUACAAUUUAAUAGUUAUUUGAAUAAAUUAAAUUUUUUACCUUU